AUGCUAGCCGCCUUGAGCCCAUGGGAAUUAUCGCAGAGACGGGGUUUGGGGACCACCACUGAGAAGUCCUCGGGCCUAAACACAUGUUCGGUUGCCUCUUAUUUCGACGGCAUGAAUUCAUGCUCACCUCGAGGAGUGCUGGUUUGGCCCACAUCAUCCGACCCAGAGAUGAUUUGGUCUGCCUGCUCCGGCAACCAGACUUCUGUACCCUGUCCUCAGGUUACUCAUGAGGUCUCGAUUCCGUAG